ACAGAUGAUAUCCAAAUUGACUCUGAAUGAAGACCAGGAUUCAUAAAUUGUGGACCCUUCAUUCCUUUAGUCGGAAAUUCUUACAUUUUUGUUUUAUCCACCAGACGUUAUCUCCAAUGCUAUAAAACGAAAUAUCAGUUAUCUAGAAGCAAGGGCAGUGUAGCUGGAUUUGCCAUUUAUGCAGGAGUGAACUUUGACUUACAUAAUGUGGCUUUUAACUAGAAGAACCAGUCCACUUUCACAUGUUCUGGAAUGUCAUGGUGUGGACCCGCUCUCAUUCUGGAAUGUUGGGCUGUGGAUAUUGAGUUGUUUUUUCUUCAUUUUGGUAGUAGAUGGCCAAAGUUACUAUCCAACUGUUAAUACUCACUACGGAAAACUUAGAGGGGUAAGAGUUCCCUUGCCUAGUGAAAUUUUGGGACCUGUGGAUCAGUUUCUGGGAGUACCUUAUGCCGCACCUCCGACUGGAGAAAAACGCUUCAUGCCCCCAGAGCCACCAUCUUCAUGGUCUGGAAUAAGAAAUGCUACUCAUUUUGCACCUGUUUGUCCACAGAAUAUUCAUAAUGCCGUGCCAGAUAUUAUGAUGCCAAUUUGGUUCACCUUUAACCUGGAUAUAGUUGCAACAUACAUACAAGAUCAAAAUGAGGACUGUUUAUAUUUAAACAUCUAUGUUCCAACUGAGGAUGUAAAACGAAUAUCCAAGGAAUGUGCCAGAAAACCCAACAAGAAAAUAUGUAGAAAAGGAGGAGUCCACGUUAAGAAACAAGGAGACGAUUUAUCUGAUAAUGAUGGUGAUGAAGAUGAAGACAUCCGAGACACUGGUGCCAAACCUGUGAUGGUCUAUAUCCAUGGAGGAUCCUACAUGGAGGGAACUGGAAAUAUGAUUGAUGGAAGUGUUCUGGCCAGUUAUGGAAAUGUCAUAGUCAUUACCCUAAACUACAGGGUUGGAGUACUAGGGUUUCUAAGCACAGGUGACCAAGCUGCUAAAGGAAAUUAUGGGCUGUUAGACCAGAUCCAGGCUUUACGAUGGAUAAGCGAGAAUAUUGGCUUUUUUGGCGGAGAUCCUCAUCGGAUUACUGUCUUCGGUUCAGGAAUCGGCGCAUCGUGUGUAAGUCUGCUUACACUGUCUCAUCAUUCUGAAGGACUCUUUCAGAGAGCUAUCAUUCAAAGCGGUUCAGCCUUGUCAAGUUGGGCCGUCAACUACCAGCCAGUGAAAUACACCCGACUUCUUGCUGAAAAGGUGGGAUGCAAUGUUCUCGAUACGCUGGAUAUGGUUGGAUGUCUUAGGAAAAAAAGUUACAAGGAACUAGUAGAACAAGAUAUUCAGCCUGCUCGAUACCACGUUGCAUUUGGGCCUGUCAUUGAUGGAGAUGUAAUCCCAGAUGAUCCAGAAAUCCUGAUGGAACAGGGGGAAUUUCUCAAUUAUGAUAUUAUGCUUGGCGUCAACCAAGGGGAGGGCUUGAGGUUUGUGGAAAACGUGGUGGACUCUGAAGAUGGUGUCUCUGGAAAUGACUUUGACUUUUCUGUAUCAGAUUUUGUGGAUAGUCUCUAUGGCUACCCAGAGGGAAAAGACACUUUGAGAGAAACUAUUAAAUUUAUGUAUACAGAUUGGGCUGAUCGUGAAAACCCAGAGACCCGGAGAAAAACCCUUGUGGCGCUUUUCACCGAUCAUCAGUGGGUGGAGCCAGCAGUGGUCACAGCUGACCUGCAUGCACGUUAUGGAUCACCAACUUAUUUCUACGCUUUUUACCAUCACUGUCAAAGUCUUAUGAAGCCAGCCUGGUCUGAUGCGGCACAUGGAGAUGAAGUACCCUAUGUUUUUGGGAUCCCAAUGAUUGGACCUACAGACCUCUUUCCUUGUAACUUCUCCAAAAACGAUGUUAUGCUGAGCGCAGUUGUCAUGACCUACUGGACCAACUUUGCUAAAACAGGAGACCCCAAUAAACCAGUUCCUCAGGAUACCAAAUUCAUUCACACCAAGGCUAAUCGUUUUGAAGAAGUUGCCUGGUCCAAGUACAACCCCAGAGAUCAACUGUAUCUUCAUAUUGGACUUAAACCGCGAGUAAGGGAUCAUUACAGAGCAACAAAGGUUGCCUUCUGGAAGCAUUUGGUCCCUCAUCUUUACAAUCUUCAUGACAUGUUCCAGUACACCUCGACCACAACUAAAGUUCCACCUCCUGACACCACACAGAACUCUUUUGUUACCAAACGACCAAAUGGAAAAGUCUGGCCCUUUAACACUAGACGUCCGCCAAUGUCAACGGUCUACACAAAUGAGAAUUCCAAGGAGAAGUGGAACCCAGGAGAUGAAGAAACUGGACCUCUGGUUAUUGAAAAUCCCCGGGACUACUCUACCGAACUGAGUGUGACCAUUGCAGUUGGAGCCUCUUUGCUUUUCCUCAACGUUCUUGCGUUUGCCGCGUUGUAUUAUCGGAAGGAUAAACGUCGGCAGGACUCUCACAGGCAGCCCAGUCCGCAGCGCAAUGCAACCAACGAUAUCGCACACGCUCCAGAGGAAGAAAUCAUGUCUCUACAGAUGAAUCAGAGUCACCACGAGUGUGAGGCUGUCCAGUCCCACGAUCCCCUGAGGCUGACCUCCCUUCCAGACUACACUCUCACCCUGAGGCGCUCUCCUGAUGACAUUCCUCUUAUGACACCCAAUACAAUCACAAUGAUUCCCAAUUCACUGGUUGGAAUGCAAAACCUUCACCCCUAUAAUACUUUUACUGCUGGGUUUAAUAGUACUGGGCUGCCUCACUCACAUUCCACCACCAGAGUAUAGCUUUAAAGUAAAUGAAAUCAUUACAAGGGACAUCAUUUAAAAAUGUUAAAUGGUUACGAGUGGUGGGACACAGAUAAUGACUUUUUUAAAGAUUACAAAAAUAUAUUAAAAACUCAAUACAGACAACAGCUCAUUUGAUACCUACAAAGACCGGGGCUAUUUCUGCUUUUACAGUGUGAAGACUGCCAAAAGAGUACACCUCCACGUACAGGCCACGGGGAAGCUACUGACAGGAUUUUUUCUAAUAAAGUCUUUUGAGCAGAUGAGAAAAGAGGACAAAAUGUUUCAAAAGUGCUUUUUUAUUUCCCAUUUCUGUUUAUUGGGAAAUUAAUUUAAAAACAAUGGCCUCUACUGAGACAUUUACUUUUUUUUACAAUGCCUUACAAAUACAUCUUUUUUUUUUCAUUUCUUUUUGCUUUGCAUUGUUAUUCUUUCCAACCUCUACUAUUUCUGUGUGGAUAAAAAAAAAAAAAAAGCUGUACAUUGAAAUGAACUCUUUCUUUUCUUUUUCUUUUUGAAAGAGGAACCACAUAGAAGAAAAAAGUAUGAGAAAACCUUUUACCUGUUGCAUAUCUUUUACAAAAAAGUUUUUUGACUUUAAAAUUAAAAUGCUUUGUGUCUUCAGAAAUAGACUCUGUAACGUAAAAUACCAGAGACAAAUGUACAACUUUACUGUGAUUGUUUUGUUAAAGCAAAGUGCAUCUUUUGCUACAGAUGAUCUAUCUAUCUAUCUAUCUAUCUAUCUAUCUAUCUAUCUAUCUAUCUAUCUAUCUAUCUAUCUAUCUAUCUAUCUAUCUACCUGUCCGUCCGUCCGUCCGUCUGUCUGUCUGUCUGUCUUUAACACACGUAUGCACAAACACUUUUUUGAGUGAUUGUGUUUGUGUGUAUCAUUUCUUUGGUUUGUAGAACAUUUGUGUGUAAAAAGGCCUAUUAUUAACAACUAUGUUAAUUUUAUUCAACACAUAUGGUAUUUCAGCUAAGUGAAUGGUUGUCUGUUGUUGCGGAAUAGCACCUUUGUUACUUUAAAGUUAUUUACAUUUAAUUUUUUUUUAAAAGAAUCAGUUAUUUUAAAUGUAUGUAAAGCUAGCUGAUGACAAAAUGACAAACUAACUGACUGAAUUUCAUCACAUUUUGUAAAAAAGAAAGUUUCUCAUAAAAAAAAACAAAAAAAAACAUAAAUGCAAAAUAUUCAAGAUAAAGAUUGACCAGUCAUUGUAGGCAUAAAUAUACAUCACUUAUGAUGAUAAUGUUGAUAAAUACAUGUAGGCACACGCACACAUUGACAUUCACAUUAUAUAUAUAUAUAUAUAUAUAUAUAUAUAUAUAUAUAUAUAUAAAUAUAUGUAUACGUAUAUACACAUAUAUAGUUUAUAUAGAAAUGCGUGCGUGUGUGUGUAUGUGUGUGUGUGUGUGCGCGCACAUGGGUGUGUUUGUAUUGGGAUAAAUGGCUUUUUGCUUAUUGUACCAUGUGCCAAAAUUAGAACCAGCAAACUUGACAAGAUGAAACAGAAAUAUUUUUUUUAGUGUAAAUUUGUUCUGUAUUUUGAUAAGCAUUUACUUGUGUUUUAUUUCAGGUAAUAUCAGUUUCUAGUUUGAUGUCAAUCAUGAGGGGUUGAUUCUCAAUGCAAAAGACUUUGUGGGGCAUUCCUGUCUAAUUACUUUUGCUGUAAGCACAGGUCAACAGGCUAAAACUUCUGUCCGUAUAUUGGUGAAAAGGAAAAGAUCUUGUAACAAAAAAAAAAACAUAAAGGCUGACACAAUACAACGUGAUGCAGCCGCUCACAUCUAUAUAGUGCAACUGCUAAUUGCCUUCCAAAUACUGGUAUUAUCAGCAUCCUGCAAGUCAGACGUAGAUGUAACAUUAACUCCGUUAGCUGCAAAUUCCAAGGCUGUUCUAGACGUGGGAACACGGAGGUUUUAUAAGAAUAAUUUAACAGUGAGAUGGGAAACGUUUCAUAUCACCAAUAUUCCUUCCACUUGUAAUGUACAUUUUUGUUUCUUUCUUUUGUUUAAAUUCAUUUUUAUUUUUAAAAGGGAUUUGAUUCCAUCAUUUCAGUUAAUGCAAAGAAAUGAAAAAAGUCUUAUAUUUAAGCAAGUACAAAAGUUGUAAAUGUUCUUGCAACAUAAGAAAAGAAGAUGCGCUGUACACACUCUGUAACAUGGCUUCCCACGACAAAAUCAUUUUCUGUUGUUGCGUUUAGGAAGGCUUGUGAAUGUGACACUCAUGGAUGUAGUAAAGCUAUUGAGUUUCUAAUUAAGUAAACCUUUUAGAGUUUAUCUUGUGAAGAGCAGGAAGUAAAAGAGACAUCCUGCCCCUUGUUUUCCUAAUCUCAUAAUAAUAUACUUGCUGCAGGAAAACUGCUAAAAUUCUAUUAUCUCUCUUUAUAAAACACUCUCACGAAGAAAAGUUACAAUCAGAUAACGAUAAUGGGUUUAGAAAAGGGUAAAAACAGCCUAAAAUUGGUUCCCCCGAUGCAUCUUGUGGCAUUACAGUUUUGGGAGUGUGUUGUACCAGCAUGAGUUGCUCGGCAGUGUCCAACUCCGCUCCACAUACAGAGGGUCAGUUCAGAACAGCAGGAGAGAAUGUGAAAAUUCCACACACACACAGGGGCUAGGACACUAUUUGAACCCAGCGUGCUGCAGCCAUGAACUAUGCUGCCUAAACCUCAAUUCACUUUACAUUUCUCUUUUUAGCCUUCACAAUCCCUUGCAACGUUUAUUGGUGCAUUGUGUUCAGUUUCCUAGGAGGUGUUCCCCUAUAAUGAAAAGAGUCAGCUCACAUACUAGAUACAGUAUUUGGCCAGGCUAAAAGUAGGAUAAUGAUCAUCUGAAUUAGGUGAGGAGUAAUCAUUCUUCAGUGGCAUUCUUAGAUUAAGUGAUAAAACACAAAUAGAAUUCAUCAAAGACACACUGUAAAGUUCCCAAAUACACCUGAAGAACUCUUGAAGUACGUUGCGUUUACUACCAUUUUCAAGGGAGAUAUGUAAUGGAAUAGCAUUCUGUGAAUAGCUAAGCAUACUUCACUAUGGAAAUUUCACCCAGUCCAUUUCUUUUUUUUUAUCAAACCCUCUUAAUCCUUGUUGGGAUGGUGAAGGCGGGAGCCUAUCCUGGCCUCAUUAGAAGCAAUCUAGGAACCAGCUACCUAAAUAAACUAUGGAUUCUUUGUGUUUUUUUUAUUAUUAUUAAAAAAGGCCUGUGCCAAAUUAAUGUGUUGCCAACACCCUGGUGUACAUGCAGAUUGAAAGUUUUUUCUUAGACUAAGCUGUACAAAUACAGUACAAUCCACCUUAACCUUUCCACAAGCUAAAUGGAAAGAAGAUGUGGGGAAAAUGAGAAGCAAUAUGUGAGCAGGAAAGGAAAUGACGUGUGCUUGAGUGUGUCUAACAAAAAUGCAAUAGCUAGAAGCAUUAUUCGUUUUUGCACUUGUAUAUGGAGACGUGUAACUGCAUAAGACACUACAGGUAGAAAUAACAAUUGAUGAUUUUUCCCCCCUAUUGCUCUCAUUACUUUUACAGCCAACGUUGGCAAUGUAGCUAUAUUUAUACAUCCAAAAACAGAUAAAUACACUAUUACUGUUAUUAUUUGCUUAUUAAUGAUAUCAGAAUGGCUAGAAUAUAUGUUCCCUUACAGAUAAUGUAUCUUUAGUUAUUUUUUGAUAAAUAAAGGAAAAUAUAUCUAUUCAGAUAUUCUUUGGUUAUUCCUAACUGAAAUAAGUGGAUACUUAUUGGUUUGGGAAAUUCCAAAAAAUAUAUAAAGAAGAUAAAAAUGUCAUCAUUUCAGAAGUCUUAGCUUGUUUUGUUUUUUUUUUUUUAAUUUCUUUCUGUGACUACAAUAAAAAAAAUGACAAAAAUGUUUCCAGUGCUUAAAUAUCAUAUAUAAAUAAAAUCAAAUUUUCACUAUAACAAAGGUUUGGUAUAUUUUUCAGGUUUGUAAUUGAAAUAAGCAACAGUACUGGAGCUGUGCAACUCACCUACGUUAAAUAUUUUGAAACAUUUGUAACUGAAAAUAAAAAAUACCUAAAUGAAAAAGAGUGUGUGUAUUCCUCCAAGGACGCUGGUUUGGGAGCGUGUCCACUCACCUGAGCUCUCUUCAUCAUCAAUGCUAUGGUGUUAAAGGGUCCUGAAGCCCCUAACCUAACAGUGUUCAACAGUAUUUCUAGAAUGUAUUCAUACACAAGCUGAACAAAUUAUUAUAUCUAAAAUAAAAAGUUUUAUUCAAUUACAA